UAGACAGUCUCCUCUCAGACAGUUAUGUGACAGAUAGUGUUGUGAUUCUGUGAAAGGUGGAUGUAUUGAAUCUAUUGCAAUGCAAGCUGUCCCCACUGUCCCGACCCCGGAGAGUCUUUGUUCUGUUUAUUAGCAUCUUGUGACAUCAUGCGUGAGAAGGUGAAACACACACACACACACACACACACGGUUUCUUACAUGCAGUAAUUGUUUUUCUUUUCUCCAUCAGCCGAUGGAUAUCAGCACGUGGCCUCCACGUCACAUGAGUAUCAGCACCUUGGACAGCAGCUUGUGUCCGUACGCUGCCUGCUGUGGAUGGAGCUCAUCUCUCUUCUCAUCUGCUGCACGGAGGGAGGAUGUUUUUUUUAAAUAAUCUGUAACUAAAUAAGUUUGUGCUGUUGAGCCUGAAAACCAACUAAAAAUCAAGUUUUAACAUCCUGGAGAUCCUGGACGCAUCGCUGCAGCUUUCCAUGUGGAGAGGCAUUUUAUUGUCCCACAGAUUCAUGCCGGCAUGCCAUGAUUUAAUUUGGUGAAAAUAUGAUGAUGAUGAUGUGUUUUUAACAACCCGGAAAGGACAGUUGCAGUCUCCUGUCGGCUCACUCUGUGGUUGUGCAGGAAUCCAUAUAUCUAUCAUCCUCCCCGCUCUUCCUGAUUUGUGGCGCAGAGAUGGUUGGGGGAAAGCAGCGAACUGGCGUUGCAAGUUGUCAGUGAAAUGGAUUUUUUUGUUGUUGUUGUUCAUCAUAUAUUUUUCUUUCGUAUCCAUCUCUAACAUGCAAGGCGGCGAGAUUGGAACUUUGUAACUGGGUCGUCGGACCUGCUUGGGGGGGGCGCUCGAUCUACCAGCCAAAAAAAAGAGGCUACAGCGAGGAAGAAGAGGAAACUAGUGAACUGAUGGAUGCCACUGCGAGACAACAAAGGGUACACUUGUCACCUCGUGUAAUUUCACCUCCCCUUUUAGGUACCCUAAAUGUGAAACUCAUAUAUAAAUGGGCUUUAAUUUAGUUGUUAAUAGGAUUUAUUAAUCCUCAAACAGCCUCACUGGUUCACCGCCUGAAGAAGAAUAGACACCAACAUAUUGUUGGAUUUAAAACACCAAGAGGACCAGUUUGAACCUCGGGAUACUCCUAAACAGCCGGACUGAACAUGUAGGCAUGAGAGGAUGCUGUUGGACCCCUCUGAUUUUAAUGUUGGUGCCUCACAGUUCGUGGCUUGCAAGUCUCCACUCAAUCCCGACAGAAAACGCCUCUGUCCAUGAAAAAAAGUCCUUCCCUAUUGGCUGGAUGGCGGUGCACAUGCUAUAACAACAGGAUAUGCAGAGAGCUCUGGGCUAAAAGCCUAUAAUGUUUUCCUCGUGCUUUUUCGACCGAGAUCUGUAUUAUAUUUAAUUUAAGGCUGUGAACUGUCUACUUGAAUCAACUGGUUCAGAUGCCAUAAUAAUAAUAAUAAUAACAAUAAUAGUUAUAAUAAUGAUAAUGAAUAAUGGACCUGCCACAGUCAAGCUGAAGGCUGUUUUGUUUCACAGAGCACUUGUGCCUGUGUAGUAAAGCUGCUGAAGAAUGUUCAAGUAUCGGAUCCGAAUGUUUUUCAAUGAACUCAAAGUGUUGCUACUGAUGCGCUCUGGAUCAAGCAGGAGGACUGAUGCAGGCACAGACCCGGACACGCAGACCAGGAUGCGAGGGCUCGCUAUAGGGGGCUGUGGUUGGCCGCCGUUGAACUGCUCUCACCGGGACGAUGAGGAGGAAUAUUACGGCUCUGACCCCCGGCCACGCAGCCUGGCAUUUGAGGAUGAAGAAGGAGCCAAACCCCAGGGAGGAGGCCUGGAGGCUGCGUCUCUCCCGAAUCUCUCAGAGAGCGGGAUGCGAUCACCGCAGUGCCGGAUCUGCUUCCAGGGGCCGGAGAAGGGGGAGUUGUUGAGCCCUUGUCGCUGUGCUGGCUCUGUGCGCUGUACUCACCAGUCCUGCCUUAUCCGCUGGAUCAGUGAGAGAGGCUCCUGGAGCUGUGAGAUCUGCUACUUUAAGUAUCAGGUCCUGGCCAUCAGCACCAAAAACCCACUGCAGUGGCAGGCCAUCUCUCUGACUGUGAUUGAGAAGGUGCAGAUUGCUGCCAUUAUCCUGGGCUCUUUGUUCCUCAUCGCCAGUAUCUCCUGGUUGGUGUGGUCCUCUCUCAGUCCUUCAGCCAAAUGGCAGCGGCAGGACCUUCUCUUCCAGAUAUGCUACGGCAUGUAUGGCUUCAUGGACAUAGUUUGUAUAGGCCUUAUAAUCCAUGAAGGAUCGUCUGUUUACCGGAUCUUUAAGCGUUGGCAGGCGGUGAACCAGCAGUGGAAAGUGCUGAAUUAUGAGAAAGCAAAGGACUUAGGUGACCCCAUCAGUUCCAGCAGUAAAGGCUCUGGUCGAGUUGAAAGGAACUCUUCUCACACUAUCACAGACAGCGGCCGGAGGGCGACUCGACAUGUCAGGACUAUUCUCAACCACCACUGUGGCUACACUAUUUUGCACAUCCUCAGCCAGUUAAGACCCAACAACCUGCACCGUGCCAACCAAGAGGUGGUCAUGAGGGUGACCACCGUAUGAGGCUGGGUUAUACAGACAAAAGUGCUCUGAUGUUUAAGGAGGAGAUCAAAGGGUUGAUUGGGAUUUAAUUAAAAAAAUCCUAAUCUGCCACAUUAACACUGCCGUUAACGUUUAGUCUCAUAUUUUGCUCGCAGAUUCUCCCUGAGCUCAAAGUGGACAACAAGAAAUAUUACUCAGAUUUGGGCAAAGGGAGAACAUUGCAGUUUUAUCUGAGUCUUUAAAGACAAAGACUGUGAAAACAUGACAAAUAAGAAAAAAUGUAUACAUUUUGAAAAACAAAGAGCUAUGAUUCUUAAAGCUAUUAACCGUUUUUUACCACCAUGUUACAAAAUGUCAUUGAACUGUUUUUUGUUUUUUUGCUUUCUGAAGAAAACAAAAUGAAUGUUAAGUUUGAUUUAGAUUUGAGUUUGAUGGUGAAAAUGAUUGUGCUCCUCCUCAUGUGACCACCGUAACAACGGCCCCAGCCCCCCUAAUUCAUUCAAUGUAUUCCUGAGGGUAAUCUGCUAGAUUUUCACUUGAAGCAGCAUUGAUGAAUCAGACAUUAAAAAGCCCAAUAAAACUUUGAGACAUGACACAAUUGCUUAAAAUAAACCCUUAAAGUACAAUUCAUGUUUUGUAAUAAAGCCUUUGCUGAUCUCAAAGGAAAAUCUUUGUGUUUUGUUUUGUGUUGUUUUUAGGCAACAAGAUGGAUCCUAGCGAAUGUGGCUUGAAAACAAAUGUGACACUCUUGAUAUAUGUGGAUUGGAUUUUUCCUGUUGGGAUUACACGAAUCUCACAAAACGACGAUUUGUUUAAAAUGUGAUUCUACAUUAUUCAAACUUCCUCUACUUAGAUGUUAUUAUUAGGAUACUGCACUUCCCAUCAUUCCCUAUUAAUACAUAUUCCAAUUUGGAUCAUGAAAUGCCAAUAUAAAUAUUGUUUUGUUGCAUAUCAAUUUAAAUCUACACCCUCAGGCUAACCUUACUCAUCUCAUUUUAAUAUGAACAUGUGAUUCUAACAUGGUGCAUUAUGUUCAGUAUUACUAAAGAUUCAUAAUAAAGGUAUUGGUCACAGCUGUACUUCAUGUAAAACAUGUGGCAUACAUCUGAAAAGGGGUUCAGUAUUGUUAGAUAAGUAAAGUUAAGUGAAGAAAAUGGUUUGACAGACAGAGACAAAGGGGGAGAUUUUAUGUUUAUCAAAAAGAAUAAGUACAUUUUCAAAUAAAAAUAUGAAUGUUA